AAAUAAUUCAGUUUCGUUUAUACAUUAUUGUGCACGGCUUUUGUUUUCCAAUGCUUAUUUUUAGUUUGAAUUGAAGUAUCGUACUAUCUUAGAAGUAUUUAUAUGAAUUUAAUUUUAUUAAUUCUGUAAACAAUUAAGGUUCUAUCUUGAAAUGGAUAACGUGACUAGCACUGAAAACGUGAAAUUUGAAAUUAAAUCUGUGCAAGAAAAUAUACUUCUGGAUAUCAUAAAAGAUAUUUGUAAUGACACUAAGAGUAAAUUAUCCUCGAAAUUGAUUGGUAAAGUUAAUAGGAUCAUAGCAGACUGUGAUCUCACUCAUCAUACAAGCUUACAUAAACUUACUACAGCUGACGAAAGUUCUUCGACAAUAUUGGGAUUUAUGCAUCAGACAGCUACGGAAUUAUCAUUUGAAGAACAAACAGAGCUCAAUACAGAAAUCGUUAAUAAGAUCCAGAAUAAGAUUCCCACAUUCACAUCAGAAUUGGAAAAUUUGAAACAGAUAAUGGGAGCUGGUAAAAAAUCGAGAAAGGAACAAAUAAAAGAGCUCCAAUCGAGCUUAGAUGAAAAAUUAAAUAUAUUGAAAGAACAAGAGAAUGAAAAAGUUGAGCUGAUGAUGGAAUGGCUCAACCACAGAGUUCAGGAUGUCUCAUCAUUUGGUACUAAUACAAGUGAAAUGUUAACACUCAAAACGAGAAUAUUGGAAUUAAAAUCAAAAAUACUACAUCUGGCGAUCCUGCGUAACAUAUUCACGGAGACAAACCAGUCUAUCAAAGCUUAUAAUGAAGUGCACAAAGAUCUAAAAGAUUCAAUAAAAGAAACGGAACAAAGAAUAAAAAAUUAUAAGGAAACAUUCGGAAAAAAGAAUUGUUAUUAAAAUAAAAUUUUAUGCUUUUAUUUGUUAAGAUAUUUAUUAAAUUCUAUUUUAAUAA